AUUGUACUUUAGUUCCUCAGUUCUAUAUUUUUGCAGAGGCAGAAACACAAGCUCUUGAUUUUUUUUUUUAAAGUGCUGCUGACGGGUUGAGAUAACUUUUCACUCCAUCAUGUAUAACCACGGAAGAGCAUUAACAAGUGAAAGAUGUAAUAAACUAGACAUCUCUACAUUUUAGAGAGAGAAGAUGGAAACAUCAUUGGUUUUCUUUUCUCAAUUAAAUAUGUGUGAACCAAAAGAAAAAACUUUUUUCAAGUUAAUAUAUGGUUCAGGAAAAGAAGAAACAAGCAAAGAAGCCAAAAUCAGAGCUAAGGAAAAAAGAAAUAGGCUAAGCCUUCUCGUGCAGAAACCUGACUUUCGCGAAGAUACUCUUUCCAGCAGAUCUGGGCAAUUGGCCAAAGAAACAAGGAUCUCUCCUGAAGAAGCAGUGAUAUGGGGUGAAUCAUUUGACAAACUGCUUUCCCAUAAAGAUGGACUGGAGACUUUUACCAGAUUUCUUAAAACUGAAUUCAGCGAGGAAAACAUUGAAUUUUGGAUAGCCUGUGAAGAUUUCAAGAAAAGCAAAGACCCUCAACAAAUAAUUCAUAAAGCAAAAGCAAUAUAUGAGAAAUUUAUACAGAAUGAUGCUCCCCAAGAGGUUAACCUUGAUUUUCACACCAAAGAAAUCAUCAGCAGGAGCAUCACCCAACCCACCCUCCACAGUUUUGAUGCUGCACAAAGCAGAGUGUAUCAGCUCAUGGAACAAGACAGUUACACGCGUUUUCUGAAAUCUGACAUCUAUUUAGACUUGACAGAAGGAAGACCUCAGAGACCAACAAAUCUUAGAAGACGAUCACGUUCAUUUACCUACAAUGAAUUCCAGGAUGUAAAGUCAGAUGUUGCCAUUUGGUUAUAAAGAAAAUUAAUUUUGCUCAUUUUGCCGGCAAGCUUGUAUAUCUGCUUCUAAGAUAUAGCGUGUUUAUGUUAACAAAUUGGUAAGUCUUUUAAAAUAAAGUGCGUCAUUUGAAAUGAUUUAAAAAAUGCAAACCGAAAUUUUUAUUCUAACAAUAUAUACUCUAUCUGCCAAGAUAUUCUGUAAAAGCUUCCAUCUGACUUCAUUUCAUUCAUAGUCAGAAAAACGUAUUGCUUAAUUAAAAGGCAGAAAAGAA